AUGACAUUUUCGUCUGGGGUGGGCAACAGCGCCACCGCCAACCUGCCAAAGCAACUAAGGCGAUUGCUGGAACGAACAGACCGAGGGAUCGAGUUACUGUAUUCUACGGCAAUCAACUCCGCCGUCAUCGAGGGAUUGCCCUCCACAGGUUUAGUGCAUGCAAAAUCCUCUUCACGACAACGAUCUUAUCGUACAAACCCUCAAUUUGACAAGAGGCGGGAUGAUAGUUCUUUAAUGCCGAGAUGCUAUGCAAGUGGAAAGGAUCCUUCCUCCACAUUUCUCAAUUCGAGGAUUGCCUAUCCCACAUCCCCAUCCCCAUCUCCAUCCAAUUCCGCCUUCUCUGACCUUGAAACUGCUAGUGAUGAGGAGUCAGUUCAUAGUGAGAAUCGCAAUCGUCGCGGUAAAGAACGCGUGCAUCGACCAUCCUCCGAUGCGGUUCGACAUGGGAAGAUUAGUCACAAUUCCAGAGGAACCGGAAAAGGAAAUUACGGCGCCAAAAACACUAGAACGCAUACCGAUCACGGGGCCCCAACCCAUCGCCUCGCCUGCAAUUAUUCCCAAAAUGAUACCGGGUAUUACCCCGAAGAGGAAAGCCUCCACGUCAGCCGCCAAAACCGGCGCACGCGGCUACGCACCCCGAACCAUUUUCCAUCCGAUCGGCAGCGCGUCGACCUCCUUGAGGGCCCGCGCCGAGGGCAGCCCACGCGGCAUCCGAGCACCUCCGGCCUUUCCCCGCUUAAAUGUGAAAACACAUCCCAACAAUCCCCAAGACGCGAUCGCCGUGCGGGGUGCGAGCGCUCAGGGGCGGAUUUGCCGCGCCGCCGCGCCUCGAGGCGCGGGGAGUCCUCCGCGGCGUCGAAUUCCAGCGACGAAACGUGCGCCUUUCCCUCCGGGGAGGGCUCGAUCGGGAUGCGAUCCCACUUUGGCAGGCGCUGGGGCGACGCCUACCAAAGCCUUUUUGGCGACCUCGAGCGGGAGAACGAACGGGAACGGGAGCUUAAACUCGAACGAGAACGAGAAAUUAAGCUAGAACGAGAACGGGAACUUAAACUAGAACGGGAACGGGGGGUUAAGCUCGAACGAGAACGAGAAAUUAAGCUAGAACGAGAACGGGAACUUAAACUAGAACGGGAACGGGAGCUCAAACAGGAACGAGAACAUGAACGGGAGGUUAAACUCAAGCAGGAACGGGAACGACACCUAGAGAAUGAGCGGAGACGGGAGCUGGAGCGUGAGCGGGAACGACGACUGGAGAGUGAACGGGAGCUUGAGCUUAAGCGAGAGCGGGAGCUGGAGAGCGAACGGGAACGGGAGCGGGAGCUGGAGCAGGAGCGGGGGCGGCGUGUGGAGGAGGCCCUUGCGGCGGCAGAGGCGGCGGAGCGCCUUGCGGCCUCGCACGCGUCCCGGCAGGGCCUCCUCCAGUCCGCGCUUGAUCUCGAGCGGCGGCGCCUGGCGGAGGCCUCAAGGGACCUCGAGCGGGGCCGCGGCCGGAUCGCCGAGCAGGAGGCCGCGCUCGAGGAGCUGCGCGGGGCCGUGGCUCGGUUGGAGCGCGAGCAGGAGACGUUGAAGGGUGGGCUUGCAAGCGCGGAGGAGCGGUGCGCGCGGUACACGGCGGAGCUGGGGGCCCUCCAGAUCAAGGAGCGGGAGUGGGGGGAGCGGGAUGGAGCCUGGGGGCGGCAGCUCAAGGGCCUCGAGGAUCGCCUGCAAGAGCAGGAGGAGGCCGCGCGGACGACGCUGCACCAGCUUGAGGUGGAGUUUGCGGCCACGGCGGGGAGCUACCAGGAGCUGCUCUCCGAGGCGACGGAGCGGAUGGGGUAUUUGGAGAAGACCCACCGCAAGUACAAGACGCUGAAGGAAGAGCAUCAGAAGUUGAAAACGGCCAAGGAGGAGGCGAUUGGAGAAAAUGAGAAGCGUCUACGCGAUAUGGUGUCGGAAAAGAUGGCGUUGAAGGGGGAGAACAAGGCGCUUAGAGAGCAACUUCAGUUGAUUGAAGAAGAUAUGAAGGGACUUUCACAGACCCACAAGGAAUCCGUUGAGGAGAUGAAGCGGCAAUCGGAACUUCAAAAGGCCUCCGCAAGUGAUCAGACAAAGCUUCUGCAGAAUCAGAUGGAGACCGCCCACCACACCAUACAGCUCCUGCGCACGCAGAUCGAGAACCUCCAGCGCGAGGUCUCCGAGGAGCAAGGGCAUUCCCAGGAGAUCGCGAUGCGCAUGGCGGAAAAGGAGAUGAAGCUCCAGCAGGAAAGGCAGGAACAGCAAAAGUCUGCCUCGGCGUAUAAAGUUAACUCCGAAGAAACUAUCGCUGCCCUGAAGCGUCAGCUGCGAGAAAAGGAUUCGCAGCUGCGCGCAUUAGCGGUGAGUCAAUCUGAGCCCUUACAGCGCCUCCGCGUGCAGCUCGAGGAUGAGCGAGGCAAACGCGCUCAGCUUGAAUCCCAGUUCGUACAGUACAAACGAAAAGCUAAAGAAGCCGAGGAGAUCGCUCUUCGUGAGAUUCGGAGGGAAAAGCUUCGGUCUUCAGGGCAAUCACCAUCGUGUUCUCAAUCCGCGAUGGCGAUUUCUUCCGCCACCGCGACGCCGCCGAGGCAUUCGAUUAAUGAGACCCCCCAAACACAAAAGCAGUCGCGGUGGAAUAAGGGGACCUUCUCCUCGGUGAGUCCUAAAAUUUCUAAAAAGCAAAAUCACUAUCAUCGACAUUAUGUGCGUAGCGUGGAGCGAAGCACCACUCCUAGCAGCGACUUUUUGCGUCAAAAACGAGGACAACAGGCUGGUGUUUUAGAUAAAUCUCACGGCGGGGGAAAACCCACGAAGGGACUUCCUUUGGUGCUUUCUCCUCUUCGCGAGGUGGAAGAUGGCACGAGCCCGCCAAAGGUUCAGGUCACCAGGAUCGAUUCUGCAGGUGAGAUGAAGACAAAUCUUCCUCCUGCAAAGUUUGAAAUGCAGGCAUUCUGCCGAAGGGAUGACAAACAUACAGUUUCUUCUUCUCCUGAGCAAGGAAAAGUAGAGGUGGUCUCUGAUAAAGCUAGUUAUACGGAUGAACAUCAGGCUAUAAAACAAAAUAUUUCUUUUCUUCCUCCCCCUUCUGAUGCGUUAGCGGGGGCUGUGAGGAGCCCUUUGACGGAUUCCAUCUCAUGCAUCUCAAACACUUCCCCGUGCAAUAGCACCAGCCAGCUUGAUCAUCCUGUUAAUCCUUGCCUUUUAGAAAUGCUUCAACAAGGCGAAGUAGAAGAAAAGAAGGAGGAAAAAGAGGAAGAGAUUAAUAUGAAGUGCCUCCUAUCGCUUUCUAGUAUAAAAAAUGAUGUAUAUAGCGGAACACAGGCGGGUUGGCCUAUUUUUUCAUCAAAAUAUCAAGAAGGCCCAGAUUUUCAGCAAGGCGGUUUAUUGAAGAAUGCUUCAGAAGAGAAGCCAUAUGAGAAUAUAGUUUCGAUAGAAGCAGACAUGCGAGUAAAGGAGCGAAAUAAUCCCGUUGAUACCUCAGUAACGGAUCAUGAGCAGCGAAUGCGGGAAUUUCACGCCAGCGCGGCGGAGAUUUUUAAAAAAAUUACCAGCAGCCGUGAGGAUUUUCUCGCGCAGUGUACAAGUAUUGUCAGGCAAUCCACAGCUACGCGUCGAGCUAGUCAUAAUGGCGGUGGAGGAUCGGCGGUUGAGAAUGGGGUGAAAAGAGAGUCAUUUACAAUGAUGGGAUCCCCCGAAUUGACAAAAGUAACGCCAUGA